AUGUCGUACAGAAUCAGUAGUGCACAGCACGUCGUCGCCCUCGUUGGCGGGACGGGAAAUCUCGGCAAGGAGGUGUCCAACGUGUUCCUCACCUCCUACCGCACAUACUUCUCGCGCAUCAUCAUUGUUGGGCGGGACAUCACCACACCGGCUGCGCGUGAGCUUGCCGGGCAGGGCGCGGAGCUCCGCGCAGUGGAUACGGCCAACCUCGUAUCGUCCUUUACACAAGCUUUCCAGGGCGUGGAUGUCGUUGUGAACGUCAGCUCUCGCGCUCCGAACGAAUACCAUAACGCCCUCUUUGAAGCGGCACUGAAGAGCAGCGUCAAGGUGUACUUCCCUUCGGAAUUUGGCUCAGACUACCGUCUCAAUGACUUCCCGGGCUGGGACGAUGUUACGUGGACCGAAAAGCGCGAGCACGUCGAUGCCUCCCGCGCGCUGUCCAAGGGCAAAGUCAAGAUCAUUGCGGUCGCCACGGGCCUCUUCUUGGAGACUGCUUUAGGGCCCUGGCUCGGCUUCGACACUGCGAACCUGACAUAUACUUCCGUCGGCUCCCCCGACGUGAAGACUGCCGUGACCGCCAAGGUGGACAUCGGACGCGCGGUCGCGGAGCUGACCCUCCUCGCGUUGUCGCCGGACACGGCGUCGCAGGUGCCGGAUGACGUGCGCAUCGCGGGGGACAACAAGAGCUUCCGCGAGAUCCGCGACAUCGUCCAGCGUGUGCGCACGGAGUUUGACGCGAAGCCCGCUGGGGAGAUCGUGCUCAAGACGGUCGAGCUUGGACCAUUCCGGGAGCAGCUGCGUAAGGCACAGCUGGAGAAGCCCGCGGAGAGCCCGCUGCAGCAUAUCAAGAUCGUCAUCGCGGAGGGGAAGCAAGACUUUUCGAAGGAGAAUAGCGACGAGCUGGUCAACCCUGGACAAAAGGUGUGGAAGUGGAAAACGGUCGAAGAUUAUGUCCGCGAGGUUAGGGGUCAGCCGUUCGCUUAG